AUGGCCUCCCUGUGGUUCCACUGCCUGCUGCUCCUCCUGCUUCCCUGCCCAGGCCUGUCCCGAAAGCCCAGAUCCCACCACAGACCAGACCAUGGAUCGGACCAUGAACCAGACCACAGGCCCAACGUCACCCUUGCCGUCAUCCUGCCCCACAACAACACAAAGUACCCGUGGGCGUGGCCUCGCAUCGGUGCAGCCAUUGAGAGCGCAGUGAGGCGGGUGAACGCGGACCCCAGCCUGCUGCCCGCACACCGCCUCUCGUACCAGUUUAAGUCGAGUCAGGACAAGAACGGGAUUUGCUCCGAGUCGUCGGCCCCGCUUAUGGCCGUGGACCUCAAAAUGGCCUACAACCCCUGGGCCUUCAUCGGCCCCGGCUGCUCAUACGCGGCCGCUCCCGUGGGGCGCUUCACUGAGCACUGGGAUGUCCCCAUGGUAACGGCGGGUGCUCCGGCCGUGGCCUUCUACGACGUGUACCCAUCCAUUACCAACACGGGGCCCACGCACAAGAAGCUGGGCCGGUUUGCUCUGCGCCUGUGCGAGCACUUUGGCUGGUCCGAGAAGGUUCUGCUAGUUUUCAGCGACAGCAAGAAGGACGACCGGCCGUUCUACUUCGCCACCGAGGGGCUGUACGAGGAGCUGAGCCGAGUCAACGUGACCGGGGAGGAGCUGGUGUUCUACGACAACCCGCCCAUCAACUACUCCCAUGUCCUGAACAGCAUGCACAAUGAGGGCAGAGUGAUGUUCGUGUGCUGUAUGCCUGACGUCUUCCGGAAGUUGAUGGUUGAAUUCCGCGCUGCAGAUCUACCACACGAGGAGUUCAUCUUCUUCUACAUCGACGUGUUCGGAGACAGCCUGAACUCUGACCUCAAGAGGCCCUGGUACCGUGGCGACCAGGAGGACGCCGCCGCCAAGCUAGCAUUCCAGAACGUGAAGAUCUUGACCUACAGAGAACCUCAGAACUCAGAAUACAAGGAGUUCAUCCAAGACCUGAAGAAGGACUCUCUGGAGAUGUUCAACUACACCGUGGAGGACACACUGAUGAACAUCAUCGCUGGAGCGUUCUACGACGGUCUGAUGCUGUACACUCACGCGCUGAAUGAGUCCCUAAGUGAAUUGGCCAAAACCGGACUGAACCGGACCCACAGACCGGAUCACAGAGCAGGCCACAGACCGGACCUGGACUCUCUCAGACCAACGGGAACUGAGGUGACACGGCGCAUGUGGAACCGCACGUACUACGGAGUGACUGGAGUCCUGCAUCUGGACGAAAACGGAGACCGAGACACGGACUUUGUUCUGUGGGACCUAAGUGACACCAACUCCUCCGUCUACCAGAUUGCCAUGCUCUUCAACGGGUCGGAUGAGUCGCUGUCCCCAGUCCCUGGGACACAGCUCCACUGGCCCUUAGGGGCCCCUCCACGAGACAUCCCCCAGUGCGGCUUCAGAAACGACAACCCGAUCUGUCUGGCCAAGACCAUCACCAUCCAACAGCUUGUGUCCAUCAUUCUCUUCUUCCUCCUCACCAUGGGGCUAACCGUCACCGUCUUCAUCUACCGGCGUAUGAAGCUGGAGAAGGAGUUAGUGGCUCAGCUCUGGAGGGUCCACUGGGACGACAUCCACAUGAGCAACAUGGACAAAGUUCUGCGCAGCGGCAGCCGCAUCACACUGUCUCUGAAAGGUUCAAACUACGGCUCUCUGAUGACGGGGGAUGGAAACCUGCAGGUGUUUGCGAAGACUGGGUACUACAAGGGAAACAUUGUGGCCAUCAAAUACACAAACCGGAAACGUGUGGAGCUGAACCGGAAAGUGCUGUUUGAGCUCAAACAUAUGAGGGACGUCCAGAACGAGCACUUGACACGUUUCAUCGGCGCCUGCAUCGACGCCCCCAACAUGUGCAUCCUCACCGAAUACUGCCCCCGCGGGAGUCUACAGGACAUCCUGGAGAAUGACAGCAUCAAUCUGGACUGGAUGUUCAAGUACUCGCUCAUCAACGACAUUGUGAAGGGUAUGUUGUACCUCCACAGCAGUGUCCUCGUGUCCCAUGGGAAGCUGAAAUCUUCUAACUGUGUGGUGGACAACCGCUUCGUCCUGAAGAUCACAGACUAUGGCCUGAGCAGCUUCAGGGAGGAAGAGAGCACCAGGGACGCACACGCUUACUACGCACACCGGUUGUGGACAGCCCCGGAGCUGAUGCGUCUCGAGGCCCCUCUCCCGCAGGGGACGCAGAAAGGAGAUGUCUACAGCUUUGGCAUUGUCGUCCAUGAGGUGGCGCUGCGGAGAGGGGCUUUCUACAUCGAGGGAGACCCACUGAGCCCCAAAGAGAUCGUGGACCGUGUGGUGCUGGGGGAGUGGCCUUGUCUAAGACCCUCUCUGGACCCACAGACCCACAGUCCAGAACUGGGUCAGCUCAUGAGCCGCUGCUGGGCCGAGGAACCCACCGAGAGACCGGACUUCAGCCACAUCCGGGUCCUGCUGCGCAAACAGAACAAGGAGUCGCGCUCGAACAUCCUGGACAACCUUCUGUCCCGGAUGGAACUCUACGCCAAUAACCUGGAAGAACUGGUGGAAGAGAGAACACAGGCGUACCAUGAAGAGAAGAGGAAGGCCGAGACCCUGCUGUACCAAAUACUGCCCCAUUCGGUGGCGGAGCAGCUCAAACGUGGAGAGACCGUCCAGGCCGAAGCCUUCGACUCUGUGACCAUCUACUUCAGCGACAUCGUGGGCUUCACCUCUAUCUCCGCAGAGAGCACCCCUCUGGAGGUGGUGACUCUGCUGAACGACCUCUACACAUGCUUUGAUGCCAUUAUCGACAACUUUGACGUUUACAAGGUGGAGACGAUCGGUGAUGCGUACAUGGUGGUGUCUGGUUUGCCCGUGCGUAACGGGAAACUCCACGGCAGAGAAGUGGCGCGCAUGGCUCUGGCGCUGCUCGACGCGGUGCGCACGUUCAGGCUGCGGCACCGACCGGAGCUGCAGCUGAAACUCCGCAUCGGCAUCCACAGCGGCCCGGUGUGUGCCGGUGUGGUGGGACUGAAGAUGCCUCGUUACUGUCUGUUUGGAGACACAGUCAACACCUCAUCCAGGAUGGAGUCCACAGGAGAAGCUCUGAAGAUCCACGUCUCGGCCGCGACUCGUGAGGUCCUCUUGGGCUUCAACAGUUUCCAGCUGGAGCUCAGGGGAACCAUAGACAUCAAGGGCAAAGGCAAGAUGACCACCUACUGGCUGCUGGGGGAAUCGCAACCUCCCAUGGACUCAACAUAG